UUUGAGAAUUGGUUUACAAAGCGACUCAUCCAUUGGGUUCUUCAACACAAACAGCAUCCAGUUUCCUCUUUCUUAAAAUCCCUCUGCAUUAGGAUACAUAGGUAGACGGCAUUGCUUUCAUUCUUUCCAGAACAAAAAAAAACACAAAUUCAUGCAAACUACAAACCAGACAUCUAGGCAAAACUAGAAGAGGAUCCCAAAUCUAACAAUGAGGAUUCCAAACAUAUCGAAGAUCUUUACCGGAGGCCUAUCCUUGUCGGGCACUCGAGCUCCAAUCCGUUCGCCAAAUUGGAGAACAAGAAGCGUAGGCCGCUUGGAAGAAGCGUCGUGGCUUUUGACGGAGGAAGUCCAGAUGGGGGAGCCCUCCUUGGAUAGGUCGACCUCCUUGAGUAAAGCUGAAUUUCAGUCGCACGCUGAUGCCCUCAAAGAGAGGAACGAGGACUUUGAGGCCAAGAGCAAAGACCGCUAUCUUUGGAAAGUACCAUACGAGUGGGACCCUCCAAAUCAUGGCGAUACUGAUCGCUGGUUGAAUGCCCUCCUGUACAAUCCUCCGAAGGAUAUGCAACGCGUGUGGCUAAUAGGAGAUGACAAGAAAGGUGGUUUUUCGCACCCUCUGGAAGACAUUCCGCUUGUGCAGCGCCUUCUUUAUCUCCGCCAAACUGGUUUAGUGCGCCCGUUGAAAUUCCAACUGCUUUAUUUCUUCGAAAGAAUAAAUCAACUAAACCUUGAACGAUCCAACGCAUUACAAGAUGCUUCAAUUGUUGACUUCAUUCUUGCAUUGGCCGCCAUCACUGAGGUCAACCAACGUUCAAAAAAACUACUCCAUCCAAUCUCUGCAAUGAUUGAAGAAUGCAUAUUGAGCGAAUUCAUGCCUGGGUUUGAAAAAAAAAUAACUGAGUCUAAUAGAAUCGAUUUCAAAAAUCUCAUAAGUGUUUUGAGAGAAUUGUGGGAUGAUCGUAGAAGGGAGACCUAGUGAAAUAAAUUUAUCAUAUAUCGUUGUCACUGUGUAGGCUUGCCACGUGCAAUUACCCGCUAAAAACAUCAUGUCUCAUAGAAGUGUUUUACAUCUUCAAAAUCACUUUAGUGCACAGUAGAAGUGGAAUGUCGCAUCAUGUCAAAAAUUUAGUUGUUUUUAUUGAAUUGCCCCUUUAAAAAUGAAUUAGUUAUGAGAACCCCAAAAAUUGAAAUAACAGCCCCUUGAUUUUG